AUGACCGAUGCAUUAACUCGAGCAUUUGAGAAUAUUAAAUCAUUUCAUGGUAGUUCACAAGAUAAUUCACGAGAUUGGUGUGAUCGAACUGAAAUUAUAUUUAAUGCAUUUAAUAUUAAUGAUGCUGAUCGUUUAGCUCGUAUAGGUAUUAAAUUAGAAGAUGCUGCUUUCGAUUGGUAUCGUGAUAAUCAAGGUCCAUAUGCAACAUGGAUAACAUUUCGUCAAAAGUUACAACAAGCAUUUCCUCCACCCGAACGUACACAAAAUCCACAUUUAUUAGCUGAACAAAUAAAUCAACGUAAACAAGAAUCUGAUGAAUCAGUACAUGAUUAUUAUUAUGCAUUAGACAAGUUAUGUCGAGAAUAUGAUCCACAAAUGUCUGCUAUUGAUAAAACAAUAAAAUUAGUUGGAGGACUUCGAGAAGAAUUAAAAGAAAAGAUAUUACCAUUAAAUGUUCAAACACCUGAACAAUUUAUGAUACAAGCAAAGAAUUUUGAAUCUAGUGCAAAGGUAAUGGCUCAUCAUCGUAAAUCUGAUAAAUCUAGUGAAUUACCUGAACCAACAUAUGUAUUUGAAUCAAAUGAUUAUUCAACAAUAGCUGCAUCUCAACCACGUCAACAACAUCACCAAUCAUAUUAUAAGCAGAUCCCUCAACCAUAUUAUCAUCAACAUCAUCAACAAAAUUAUCGAACACAACAACAGAUACAAAAUCGUUAUAAUCAAAUUUCUGGUGAUCAACGAACGUUCCGAUCAACUCGGAACCAACAACAAACAACAAUUCAUAAAUCACAUCCUCAACAACACGGUGCUAAAUCAUCUAAUAACUAUCAACAAAUGAAUAAUUAUGUUCAUCAAAAUGUCAAUCGUCGAAAAUGUUUUAAAUGUGGGCAAACAGAUCAUGUACAAAACAAUUGUCCACAUCAUUUAAACUACUAA